AUGUUGUUGAAUAAAAUAACUCCGAUUUAUUUGAUAUUGAUCUGCCUGUCAUUCAUGGCACUUCAAGGUCCACCGAGAAAUGAUUUUGAUAAAAACUUCCCAUACGGUUCGGUCUUCAAAUCAGUUAAAUGUGAAACAUUUGAAAACAAUACUUAUGGAUACAUGAGAAACUGUAGCGUUAAGGCUUAUUCAAAAAAGUUUGUAGCUCUUAAUUUAGGUUACACAUUAACUCGACCGCUCAAUAAACCAAUUUAUGCUAGAAUAAUCAUGAAGUACAGAUAUGGAAAUAUUUAUCGAGAUAUUUAUAACUUAACUGUUGAAAUUUGUUCAUUAUUUGAAAGCAUUGAUUCACAGCCACUACUACAAAACCUAAUUGCACCAGUUAAGAAAUCAAUUGGCAAUCAUCUUCACAAAUGUCCAUAUACAAUUGGAGAUGACAUCACCAACCUGACUCUAGACGAGACUGAAAAUAAAAGCAUCUUUAUGCUUCCUGAAGGUUAUUACAAAAUCUGCAUCACAUUCCAAAAGUCUGUUCAGAAGCAAAUAGCAAGAUUUUGUGCUGUUUUCUAUACAAAGUCACCGAUGAAGGAAUCUUUUGGAAAAUAG